AUGAACGGAACCAAUGGUAUAAAUGAAACCAAACACUUCGAUAUUAUCAUCGUCGGCGCAGGCAUCUCCGGAAUCAAUGCUGCAUACCGCGUCCAAGAUCAACUCCCUGGUUACAGCUACACUAUUCUGGAAGCUCGUACCGAUCUAGGUGGCACCUGGGAUCUCUUCAAGUAUCCUGGGAUCCGUUCCGACUCAGACCUUUUCACCUUCGGCUUCCAGUUCAACCCCUGGUCCCACGAUAAUCCCAUCGCUGAGGGCUCUGCCAUCAAGGAGUAUGUACGCGACACAGCGACCAAAUACGGCAUCGACAAAAAAAUCCUCUACAACCGCCGCUUGUCAUCGGCAAACUGGUCCUCCGAUGAAAAUACCUGGUCGCUGACCGUCAACCACAAUGACUCCCAACACACCUACACCGCCCGCUACGUUAUCUUCGGCACAGGCUACUACAACUACAAGAAUCCCCUGAAAGCCGACAUCCCUGGCCUGGACGCCUUCCAGGGCCAGAUCAUCCACCCGCAGUUCUGGCCCGAGGACUUGCAGUACAAGGACAAGAAGAUCGUUAUCAUCGGUUCCGGCGCGACCGCCAUCACUCUGCUCCCCAAUCUCGCCGACCAUGCCGCCCGUGUCACAAUGCUCCAGCGCAGCCCAACCUAUAUCCUCUCCGUCCCAAACCGUUCAAGCAGCCGCUGGAUCUCCUACCUCCUCCCCAAUGCCCUGUAUGCCAGGAUGCAACGCAUGAUCUGGAUCUACACCACGCGACUCUUCUUUCUCUUCUGCCAGCGGUUCCCAAAUUUCGCGCGCUGGCUGUUAAAAUUGAAUGUACGCAAGCAAUUGCCCAACCAUAUCCCCUAUGACCCACAUUUCAAACCCAGAUACAACCCCUGGGAGCAGCGGUUGUGUGUUUGUCCCGAUGGGGACCUGUUUCGCAGUCUCCGGCAGGGCAAGGCGGAUGUCAAGACAGAUACUAUUCGUGAGGUUACGAAGAAUGGUAUUAUCUUGAAUUCGGGAGAGCAACUGGAGGCAGAUAUUAUCGUUACAGCUACUGGAUUGCGCUUGCAGAUCGCAGGUGGCUCGGCGCUAUCUGUGGACGGGAAGAAGAUUGAUGUUGGUGAUAAGUAUUUGUGGAAUGGAAUCAUGCUCCAGGAUCUGCCCAAUGCCGCUUUCGUUAUUGGGUAUACUAAUGCCUCGUGGAGCCUUGGUUCGGAUGCUACGGCUCAGUUUGUCUGUCGCUUGCUCAAGGAGCUCGAGUUGCGGAAGUUGAUCUCUGCUGUUCCCCGCUUGAAGGAGAAGGAUGCUGCUACGCUCCAGGAUCGUCCUCUCUUGAACCUCAAGUCGACUUAUGUGUCGCUUGCUGAGCGCGUCUUGCCCAAAGCUGCCGACCGCGGACCGUGGCAGCCGCGUGAUCACUACUUGAAGGACUUGAAGUUUGCUCACAGUGGUGAUAUUGACACCGGACUGGAGUUUGUGCAAGGGCCGAAUCUGCGCCUGCGCCCUAAGAUGUCCUGA